AUGAAAGGUGGCAAAUUCGCCUACGGUGCGGCUGGGAUCCUCCCCCACUUUUCGGCAAAGAAGACUAUUUUUGUGGCCGUCGACUAUCGCCUUGGGUUCGACGGCUUCCUCUCCAGUCAUGACCCGGAAAUUGCUGGCAACUACGGCCUCGAAGACGUCAUUUUUGGCCUGGAAUUCGUCAAGCGAAACGCAAAACACUUUGGCGGCGACCCGGAGCGGAUCACGAUCGGAGGGGAGAGUGUGGGCGGAAGUCUGGCCGGACUAGCGGCAGCUAGCCCGAGAUCAAAGGGCCUGAUCUCCGGGGUGAUGAUGUUCUCCGGUACGUCGCUGACCAACUGGGCCGUUCGCUCAAAUUUUACGAAAGGGAAUUCCGAGAAAAUUAUCGCUCACUGUAAUUGCACCCAUUCGGAUCCGAAAAUCGUCAAAGGAUGUAUGAAAAUGAAAUCCCCGACCUGCUACCGCUCCAAUCUCUGGCUGGUGAAGUGGGACUUCCUCUGGGACUCACCCGAACGAUUGAUGUUCGAAAUUCUGCGGAUGGGCUUUACUUUGGCGACACCGGUGCGAGACGAUUUUCGGGAGAACGGGUUGCUACCCGGGGACAUUAUGGAGUUAAUAAGAAGGAACCAUCGCAACAUCAGCAUCCUGAUCAGCCACGUGGCGCAUGAAAGAGCCACAGCCUUGAAACAUACAGUUUGGCCCAGUGGCUUCCCGGCCUCCUACUACGUGAACGCGCUCGUCUACUCGCAUGGGCCGUCCGUCGGCGCAGUACGGAAAGUGAUGCGCGAUCGGUACACGCCCCUCGGCGACGUCUACGGCCCCUCGGAGACGACCAACCUCUUGACACAGUUGAUGCAGGAUGACUUCACAGCCGACGGGGAAGCCGAAGCAAAAAUAUACGCUGAAAAUGGGGCGGAUGUGCAUGUGAUCUUGAAUGAUGUUUUCGACGAGCCAACGGGAGGUCCAAACAUGAGCCUCGUCUCCGAGCAUUGCAUGGACAUGGUGUUCCUCUUCAACGAACCCCACGUCUGCAAUCCGUUGCUUGUCGUUAGUGACAUGAUGCUGCAACGCGGAAUCGCAUUUGGAAACAAACUGGCCGACAUUGUGGCCAAUUUCACGCAUCGAGGGGUAAUUCCAACAGUACAAAGAUAUUCUGAGUCGAACAUGGCGGUGAAGAGAUUCAGUUAUCAGAAUGAAGAAGUGAGCAUGUCAUCUGCCGAGAAUUUCUACUUUUGGAGGCAGUUGAUCCCGACGUUGGAGAGGAUGAAUGUCACCCUCCCCGAAGCCAUCCCAACCUGCCCUCCUCCAGUUCACGGCUGGCCAAUCCACUCGUUUGCAUUUUUGGCCUCGCUGCUGAUGCUGAACAUUAUCAUCUUUGGCGCGUUUUGCAUCUCACGGCUGCGGGUUCGAUCACAGGAGCCGCUGAAGAAA